AUGUCGGAUAGAUCUGAAGACAAUCCCGAAGGCCUUAAAGUGGGGAAUAACUAUAUUGUCGGCCAGUUUAUAGCCAAAGGUUCGUUCGGACGCAUACAUAGAGGAAAAAACCUCAAGAAUAACGAAGAGGUGGCCAUCAAACUGGAGCCUCAGGAGACCACUGAACCACAGCUGGUCUUAGAGUUUUCGUUCUAUAGGAAACUGAAGGCCGAGGGAACGGCACCUCAAAGAGGAAUUCCGAAGAUUCAUACGUUCGGUCCGUGCGGUAAGUUUCACGCACUGGUUAUGGAUCUGUUUGGGCCCUCCAUUGAGAACGUACACAAGGAAUGCGGCCUUAAAUUCAGUCUCAAGACAACCAUUUAUCUCGUGAACCAAAUGCUGGAACUGUUUGAGUAUUUCCACGGAAAGGGACUCAUAUAUAGGGACACAAAACCAGACAAUUUCCUGUUCGGCCGGUCGGGCACUAAGGACUAUAUGAUAGUCCAUAUGACAGACUUAGGUCUCUGUAAAGACUAUUUGGACGACGAGGGAAAACACUUGUCGUUUUCGACAGGAAAGGGUGUCAUCGGAACCGUACGCUAUAUGUCUAUCAACAACCAUAACGGUGUCCAACAGUCCCGUCGCGAUGAUAUGGAGGCAUUGGGCUAUAUGUGGGUAUUCCUCCUGAAAGGCCAGUUGCCAUGGAUGGGCGUAUCGGCGGACACUAUUCGACAGAAAUACAAACUGAUUGGCGAGAAGAAGAAGUCAACCUCUCCUGACGUCCUCUGCGCUGAUAUUCCGCAAGAGUUCGCCAAAUAUCUGAAGGAAGUGCGAGAACUGGACUUCGAGGCCAAACCCAAAUACAAAGAAUACACACAAAUGUUCAGUCGUUUGUUUAAGAAGAGUGGUCUCACCAACGAUAAGGUCACCGGUGGGUCUAUUGAGGGCCCAGUUGUCAAACUGAGGCACUUCUCCAUCGCUGUAUUGAAAGAGAUAUUUGUCGUCUACUCUCAUCAGAUCAGUCCAUACGCUGUCCUCCACAUUGAAUCUCAACAGAUAUUCGUUAAGAAAGUCCUGCUCUUCGACCGAAUGGAUUGA